CGGACACCGCAGCCAAUGAGAACCAGGCUUCGGCGGGCGCGGCUCGCGCAGGCGCAGCUGCGGACACCGCCCCCCCAGGCGAUUGGGCGGCGCGGCGCGCGGGGCGGGGCUUCUGGUCGGGGCGAAGGGGCUUCCGUCGCAGCGGCGCCGUGGAUGGCCGCGCUCCGCGUCGCGCUCCGGGGCUCGCUCUCGGCCGCCCGCGCCCGGUCCCCACCCCUCGGCCGCCGCCCGCCGCCCGCGCGCCGCCCCGCCUCGGCCGCCGCCCGCGGGCCCGCCAUGGAGCCGGUGCCCCGCUGGCUGGCGGGGCUGCGCUUCGACAACCGCGCCCUGCGCGCGCUGCCCGUGGAGACGCCGCCGCCUGGCCCCGAGGGCGCGCCGUCCGCGCCGCGGCCCGUGCCCGGGGCCUGCUUCAGCCGCGUGCGGCCCGCGCCCCUGCGGCAGCCGCGCCUCGUGGCGCUGUCGGAGCCCGCGCUGGCGCUGCUGGGCCUGGGCGCGCCGCCCGCCGACGCCGCCGCCCGUGAGGCGCGCGAGGCCGAGGCCGCGCUCUUCUUCAGCGGGAACGCGCUGCUGCCGGGCGCCGAGCCCGCCGCGCACUGCUACUGCGGCCACCAGUUCGGCCAGUUCGCCGGGCAGCUGGGCGACGGCGCCGCCAUGUACCUGGGCGAGGUGUGCACGGCGGCCGGCGAGCGCUGGGAGCUGCAGCUCAAGGGCGCCGGCCCCACGCCCUUCUCCAGACAGGCUGAUGGUCGCAAAGUCCUGCGGUCGAGCAUCCGAGAGUUCCUGUGCAGCGAGGCCAUGUUCCACCUGGGGAUCCCCACCACGAGGGCCGGGGCCUGCGUCACGUCCCAGUCCACGGUCGUGCGAGACGCAUUCUAUGAUGGUAAUCCAAAAUAUGAAAAGUGCACAGUUGUGUUGCGUAUAGCUUCCACUUUUCUCAGGUUCGGCUCCUUUGAGAUUUUUAAGUCCACAGAUGAGCACACGGGCCGCGCGGGCCCCAGUGUGGGGAGAAACGACAUCCGGGUGCAGAUGCUUGACUACGUGAUCGGCAGUUUUUACCCCGAAAUCCAGGCUGCUCACGCCAGUGACAGUGUACAGAGGAAUGCUGCUUUCUUCCGGGAGGUGACGCGUCGCACGGCCCGGAUGGUGGCUGAGUGGCAGUGUGUCGGCUUCUGCCAUGGCGUGCUCAACACAGACAACAUGAGCAUCGUGGGGCUCACCAUCGACUACGGGCCCUUCGGCUUCCUGGACAGGUACGAUCCCGACCACGUGUGCAAUGCCUCUGACAACGCGGGGCGCUACACGUACAGCAAACAGCCUGAGGUGUGCAAAUGGAACCUGCAGAAGCUGGCCGAGGCCCUGGAGCCCGAGCUGCCCCGAGAGCUGGGUGAGGCCAUCCUGGCCGAAGAGUUUGACGCCGAGUUCCACAGGCACUAUCUGCAGAAGAUGCGCAGGAAGCUGGGCCUGGUGCAGGCCGAGCAGGAGGAGGAUGCAGUGCUGGUGGCCAAGCUGCUGGAGACCAUGCACCUGACCGGUGCUGACUUCACCAACACCUUCUACUUGCUGAGCUCCUUCCCAGCUGGGCCAGAGUCUCUGGGCCUGACCGAGUUCCUGGCUGCGCUGACCACACAGUGUGCCUCCCUGGAGGAACUGAGACUCGCCUUCCGACCCCAGAUGGAUCCCCGGCAGCUCUCGAUGAUGUUGAUGCUGGCACAGUCGAACCCGCAGCUCUUCGCGCUCAUUGGUACCCGGGCAAACGUCACAAAGGAGCUGGAGCGCGUCGAGCAGCAGUCGCGGCUGGAGCAGCUGAGCCCGGCCGAGCUGCUGAGCAGGAACAGGGGCCACUGGGCCGACUGGCUCCAGGCAUACAGAGCCCGGCUGGAGCAGGACAAGGAGGGUGCCGGGGACCCGGAGGCCUGGCAGGCUGAGCGUGUGCGUGUCAUGCAUGCCAACAACCCCAAGUACGUCCUGCGGAACUACAUCGCACAGACUGCCAUCGAGGCUGCCGAGAGUGGGGACUUCUCAGAGGUGCGGCGGGUGCUGAAGCUGCUGGAGGCCCCUUACCACAGGGCAGAGGAGGCUGCUGAGGUCUCAGAGGCGGCAGAGCCUGAGGGGGCUGGUGGGGCGUCUGGCAGGCGGCGCUCCUACAGCAGCAAGCCCCCGCUCUGGGCGGCAGAACUGUGUGUGACGUGAUCCUCGUAAACCGCCUUGGAGGCCUCCACACCUGGAGGUCCCAAGGCCCUGAGUCCUGCUGAGUCCAUGAGGCGGUGCCCAGCCAGUGCACAGCCCCCCACACCCGUCUCUCCAUGACGGCAGAGACGUCCAGUCAGGCCCUGACCCGUCUCUGUCUGACGCCAACUCAGCAGCACAGCACGGCCCAGGUCCACACGCUCCCUGAAGAGCCGCUUCUGUGAGGACACGUGCCCAGCAAGCCCGGCCUGGGGACGUGGCAGCCCCCACCCACCUUUCCAGCCUGGGGGUGCGUGGGUGGUGCUGGCACUGCAUAGCUCCUGCUUGUCAGGGAGACACAGCCCCUAAAUAAACCAGUAGCUUCCUCCACCCA